UCUUUCCCCCGCGCCCAAUUCCUCAUCCAAAUUCAAAUUCUCCACUUCCAUUUCCUCUCUCUUUCUCUCUAUCUCCGAGCUCCAAAUCGACCCGCCUCCGCCAAUGGCAGACUCCGACUCCGCCACCGCCCAAUCUCCAUCUCCGCCGCCCGCUCCUCUCGCUCCGAAGAAGGAGAAUCUUACGCCCGUGAGCUCCAAGAUCGCGGUGAGAGAUUUUUUUUUUCUUUCUCAUUCUUCUUCAACCUUUUGAAUUCCGAGUCCUCCUACCUAGUUGCCAGGGUUUUGAUUUAGCAGCUGCCGCCAGCGGAAAAAAAACUAGAUUUGGAUUUAUUAUUAAGAAAGAAUCUCCGCUGUUGUUGGUUGCGUUUGUAGGAAUUGAACGAAUCGAGGGUUGAGCUCCUUACCAGAAUCCAAG